CGAUUUCUUUCCUAUAUUCACAGCUUUCUCAAACCACAUCUCAGAAUAGAAUACCAAGUGGUAUAUCUACGGCCGUACCUUAUCAAUUUGUUAUCUGCUGUUCUAUUUAGUGUUUGCUCCACGUUUUUUGACGAAUCAUGCUUUGGAUUCAUCUAGGUACGCAGCUCCUUCUCAGCCGAAAUUAGCAUGCGGCGUAGAACGGAUCUGCUUCUCUCAUACGUGUACGUACAGCCUCUCUUGGCCGAUCAGCUCAAGCCACUGUAGCUGUUCAAUUGUCGUUUGAUAUUCAUGCGAUGCGCCGCCGGGCUAACCAUUAGAUUUGACGACCUCCUCAUGUCGCGGUAUAGGGGCAUUGAUUCUGAGGUGUUUACAUGAUAAGGAGAUAUAUAAGUCUAGGUGUUUUCUAGUUAUUUUGUUUCUUCAUGCUCCAUCUCAAUCUUUCAUCUACUACAUCAACCUUCUGAAUAACAUCUUCACCUUAAAAUUUCAAAUUUCAAACAUCAACUAUCCAGCUUUUCAGUAUUCAAAUAACCGACCCCGCACUUAAAAUGUCAACAUCCGCUCAAAAGACAGUCGCCAUCUUUGGAGCAACAGGAGGAACUGGACUGGCUAGUCUCAACCUCGCCCUCAAAGCAGGACACAGCGUCAAUGUCCUUGCCAGAACUCCCGCCAAGCUCGCCGACCUCUCAUCUCAAUAUCCCAAUCUCCACAUCAUUAAAGGCGAUAUCCGCGACAUCGCCGCGAUCAAGUCAACUCUCACUAUCAACAACCGAGUGGUCGAUAUAGUCGUCUCAGCAAUCGGUAUGGUCAUCGAGCUUAAAGGCCUGGGUUUCACUGCCAGAGACCCCAAGAUCUGCGAAGAUGGCACGAAAUCCAUCCUCUCAGCGCUUUCUCAACUGGAGGCGGAGAAGACGGUGCAGAUUCCAGUCGGUGGGCCUGAAUUCGUCCUUUUGAGCACAACUGGUAUCAGUGCCAAAGGACGCGAUAUCCCGAUAGCGAUGAUGCCCUUGUAUCAUUGGAUGCUAAGCACUCCUCACAAGGACAAGAAGAAGAUGGAGGAGGCGAUGAUCCAUGGCGAAGGAAGGACACGCAGGUGGGUCUUGAUCAGACCUAGUUUCCUGUGGAAUGGGGAGAGCAAGGGAAUUGGAAGGAUUCGCACUUCUACUGAGACGCCUGGUGCUUUGCCGGAGACAGAGAACAUUAAAGAUGUGGCUGUUGGGUAUGUGAUUCAUCGAGAGGAUGUGGCAUUAUGGAUUGUGGAAGAAUGUAUCAGGGGCGAUGGUUCCAAGUGGCAUGGUAAGAUGGUCACUUUGACCUACUAGUGGGUGCUUUGUGAUAGAGUUUUGGUGGAACUUGGUUUUCCUAUAACAGUCUCGUUGUGUCAACAUAAUUUUAGAUGAUUUGCGAAUAGACGCUUGUUCAAUUUUAGCCCUCCGUCCAAG